GGGGGUGAGGUGUUGUCAUGGAGGGCGCUGCAGCACCGCGGCAGACGGAGGGGGUCACUGAAAGUCAAGGAGUGCAGUCGGCGGCUGGUCAGGGAGGAGGCCUGGUGGAGCUCACCCCUACCCCCGGCGGCCUGGCCUUGGUGAGCCCCUACCACACCCACCGGGCUGGGGACCCCUUAGACCUCGUGGCGCUCGCAGAGCAGGUGCAGAAGGCUGAUGAAUUCAUCCGAGCAAAUGCCAUCAACAAGCUGACGGUCGUAGCUGAACAAAUCCAACAUUUGCAAGAACAAGCCAGGAAGGUACUGGAAGAUGCUCGCAGAGAUGCUGACUUGCACCAUGUAGCUUGUAAUAUGGUGAAAAAACCUGGUAACAUUUACUACCUUUAUAAACGGGAGAAUGGUCAGCAAUAUUUUUCCAUUAUUUCUCCAAAGGAAUGGGGGGCAAGUUGUCCACAUGACUUCCUUGGUGCCUACAAGCUACAGCAUGACUUGUCUUGGACUCCAUAUGAGGACAUUGAGAAGCAAGAUGCUAAAAUCAGCAUAAUGGACAAGUUGCUAAGCCAGCCAGUGGCCCUGCCUCCAUGCACUGAACCCAACUUCCAGGGACUGACUCACUGAGAGUGGACCCUGACAAAGAGCUCUCAUGACAAGGACCUGACUGCCACCUCCUUGUUGCCCCCAUUCUUUGCCUUGAUGGGAGGUAUCAUGACACUGGAAGGCAUGUAGGUGAAUCGUGAACGUUUUGGAAGGAGACUCUGUGUGAACAUAAAUGCUUUUGUUAUUAUUACUUUUAGUUGGGAUGGUGAUGGAUAAUGACGCUCUUUUGGGAUCCUCUCUGGGCCACAGAUACCCAACCAGUCAAUUUCAGAGUAUUGACCAUUGUACUUCCCUCCUUCAUCUUCAUCUGUUCUUCCCUUAAGUCAAAGCAUUAGAGAAAGAAGAGUUUCUUCUUCCCACAAAAAUGCUGGUAGGUCAUUUUUCAGAGAGAACUGUUUUCAGUCUUUUUGUAGCUGGAAGAUUUUAAGAUUGGGAUUGAGGCUGAUUCACAGUUGGUGCAACUCCAGCUUCCAACUCAUCCGGGAAUAAGAAUGUUGGGUGAGGGAGGAUGAUAAACUUGGUUUGGCUAGACUAGAAAGUGUAUGAUUCUCGAAUUUCUGUACUGUUAAUGAGGUUUGGCAUGCCCUUUCUGCUCUUUCUGCCUAGCUAGAGCAACUAGAGAAUCUGAGGCAACAGCACAGGCCAGGUUUGGGGGAGGAUCAACCUUUAAACUCACAGAAUUUUAGACUUGGAAGAGAUGUUGGAGGCUGCCACUAACCAUCACAUGAAUCCACUCCAUAGCUUCCCCAAGGAGAUCCCAAACUUAGCCACCUGCAGCAGAACAAACCCAUUUAAGUGGCAAAUUUAAAAUAUUGUGGAAGAGAGAAUAGGGCAGUAAAAGUGAGAAACAAGAAAAACAACCAACUUAUGAGUUAACUGAGAUUGAAAUUCAUUUUGACCAGAAUUAUUCAAGACUUUAACAGGGACUUAUUGGUUAAGUUGCUCUAGUUCUGAUUCUGACUGUGAUUUUGUAGGACUCUACCUUAUUUCCUGUUUGUUUAGCACAAUUAGCUAAAUUUAUAGCUGUAUUGCUAGGGCUAGGGCUCACAGACCCCUCAAGCCCUUCACAUGCAGGUCCAUGAGCUGGGUAAUAGGAAAAGAUCCUGGAAGCUGUGGGUAAAAAAUUAAUAGGCUUUAUUCAGAGCUAGGAGCAGCCGCCCUAGUGGCCUCCCGGAGCAUCCCGAGAAGCACCGUGUAUCAGAGCUGUUAGUCCUUUACACUUAGGUCCAUAACCCAGGACACCUGGGUGCCCAUACUCAAUUACAUUAGAUAGUAACCAAGGAACACCUGGGUGCAUGUGGAUUUUUACAGCAAAUGCUUGGCAAGAUUCUGAACAUCUGAGGGGCCCUGAUCAUUUUCCUGUAUUUUCCCAAGAAUGGCAUAUCCAACAUGACUGUACUUCCUUCAGUGUCAUAUAAUCUAUCACAAUAUGCUGUAAAAGGAAUCAGAGGUGUGUCCUUGAACCCACAAUUGCCCAAGUUCCUCUUCAGGAAUGCGUGUUCCUAAUGCUGAUCUGCUGGUAGUACCCUAACCCCGUCUUGGUUUCAUGGCCUUUCCUUGUAAGUAGUGCUCCUUGUGAGCUGUAAAUGGUCCAUCUAAGGCUUAGCACAGGAUGGAGCUAGAACCUAACAAGGUCACACAGGUGAUACUUGGUCACUCAGUUCACAUGAGGAUGUUUUGUGGAAUCAGCUGCAAAAGUCUCUUGCUGGGAUGCUACAGAGCUGGAGGGAAUAGACAUUAGUGUGGUACAGUAGCUGAUUCUGACUACAGAAAGUUUCCCAGGUUUUCAGAAGUUUCUCACCUGCAUGGUAAUGACAAAUUUUGAGUAGGUGCUUAUUAGUUAUCAAAUAAACAAAUUACCACAAACUUAGUGGGUUAAAACAAUGCACAUUUAUUAUUUGAUAGUUUCUGUAGGUCAGGAGUUUAGGCACAAUUUCACUGGGUCCUCUGCUUCAGGUUUUCUCUGAAACACCCUGCAAAGCUGCAAUCAAGUUAUUAUUGGCUAGGGCUGGUUCUCACCUGAAGGCCCAACUAAGGAAGGAUCUACUUCCAAGCUCACUUAUAUUGUUGGCAGAAUUUUGGUUUCUCAAGGGUUGUUGGACUGAGGGGCUCCAUUUACUAGCUGACUGUUAGCUGGAGGUUACCCUCAGUUCUUUGCCACAUGAAGCCUCCGCAACAUGGCGGCUUUCUGCAUCAAAGUGAACAAGGAUGAGAGUCUGUUAGGAGGACGGAAGUUAUAGUCUUAUGCAGUCUAAUCACAGAAGUGACAUCUCAUCACCUUUGCCAUAUUCUAUUUCUUAAAAGCAAACCACAGGGCCAGCUCACACUCAAGAGAGGGAGUUACACAGCGGCAUGAAUACCAAAAGGCAGGGGUCAUGGAAUCAUUGAACAGAUCUUAGAAUCUGUCUGCCACAGUGCCCAGUUGAGAGGGAGGAUGGGAAAUCCUGGGUGUAAAAGAGGCAGUAUUACAAAGUAGUUAUGUGUGAUGGGAGAAUGGGAAAUCCUGGGUGUAAAAGAGGCUUUAUUACAAAGUGGUUAUGUGUGAUGGGAGAAUGGGAAAUCCUGGGUGUAAAAGAGGCUUUAUUACAAAGUGGUUAUGUGUGAUGGUGUUGAAGUCACAGAUCUGGACUCCGCUCUCAGCUCUGACAAAAUAACCUCCCAGCUGGUAUCCCUGUUUCCCCUUCUGUUCCCUCUCCAAUCCGUUCUACAUACAGUCAUCAGUUUGAUGGAUUGAAAAUGCAAAUUCUCCUCAUUCUUGACAUUUCCUAACGAGUGGAGCUGGAGAUCAGUGAUUCAAAAUAAACUUCC